AUGGGCGGGUCUCCGCGAUCGUCACUGUCGGCGCAGCAGCAGCAGCAACAGCAGAAGAUCACGGCCGAGGUCAACGUGCCGCAGUCCAAGUACGACUACGUGGCGCUGGAACCGGCCAUCAUCGAGACGCCGCAGCUCCGGGACAUGGGCGAGGCGACUCCGCCGCUGGAGUGGAUUGGGCUCCACAGGGAUCGCAUGCCGAAUUUGACACAUCAGAUCGUGAUUGUUUCGCUGUUGGAGCUGGCGGGCGAGGUGGAGGAUGCAUACGGCAGGAUUAUGGGGUCAUCAUGAAGGAUGGCUGACUACAGCAGGCGGGAGACGACGGAGGCAUGUGCAUAGGCAGCAUGACACGGGCAUCGGCGUCGAGUCAUCCACCGAGCCUGAGGCUGUACAUACAACUGAGCAGAUAAGGUUGACUACGACAGCCUGGUGCGUUGCCACCUCGGCACGUAGAUGAUGACUCGGGUUUUAGCCAUUUCACUAUCCUUGAUAACGUCAGACAGCUUUGUCG